AUGCUGCAAGGAUCACUCCUUGUCCCACCAUCAUUCAUCAGCAUUUACAAUGUCGCAAACAAUAAAUUGACUGGGGAGAUUCCACUAUUGAUCUGCAAUGCGAGUUCUCUUCAUGUCCUGGAUUUAUCUUAUAAUAAUCUGAGUGGCAUCAUUCCCCAAUGUUUGGGCAAUUUUGCUGAUUCUUUGGAGUUAUUGAAUCUUCAAAACAAUAAAUUACAUGGCCCCAUUCCUCAAACAUACAAGAAUGGAACCAAGCUGAGUAUGAUCAACUUGAGUCAAAACCAAUGGCAAGGGCCAGUGCCAAAUUCGUUGGUCAAUUGUUCACUUCUAGAGAGUCUUGAUCUUGGAAACAAUCAGAUCGAUGACAUUUUUCCCUUUUGGCUUGGAACACUUCCAGAAUUGAAGGUUCUGAUUUUGCGAUUCAAUAGAUUCCAUGGUGCAAUAUGGAACCCUAACUCUAGUUUGGCUUUCUCCAAAUUGCACAUUCUUGACAUCUCUCACAAUGGUUUCACUGGUAAGUUACCUUCCGAUUACUUCCAUACCUUAACAGCCAUGAGAACUAUUGAUGUUAAUGAAUCAACAGAUAUUAGGAGUGCAGCCAAAUUUGUUAACAAUAACAGUACUUACGCAUUGACACUAACCAACAAAGAAUCUAUUGGGAUUCUUAAGAGUCUUCACAUGCUAAACCUUUCCAACAACAAUCUCAUUGGUCAAAUUCCAUCUUCGUUGGGGAAUCUAACAGAGAUUGAAUCGUUGGACCUUUCUCAAAACAAGCUCUCAGGAGAGAUACCUCAGCAACUAACCCAGCUCAUGAUCCUUGAAUUCUUCAAUGUCUCUUUUAAUCAUCUCAAAGGGCCGAUUCCACGAGGGAGGCAAUUCAAUACACUUCCAAACAAUUCCUAUGAGGGGAAUUUGGGAUUGUGUGGAGACCCUUUGCUGAACAAAUGUGACAACUCAGACACGUUGCUACCACCACCACUACUUUCGAACUUCAAACAAGAUAGUGAUCAUUCAUGGCUUGCAAUUGAUAAAAGUGAUUGGAUUGUGAUAUGCAUGGGCUAUGGCGGUGGGUUAGUAGUUGGGUUGAUCAUUGGGCACACUCUUGUCGCAAGGUAUCAUGAAUGGUUUGUCAUGUAA